AUGAAUACCUUUAAAACUCUCUGUAUAAUGUGCAUUAUUGUGACUGUUGGGAACACGAUCGAUAUUCAGGAAUAUGGCAUGCGUAACAACAAGACGUUAGUAUCAAGAAACACGUCGACCGCUUGGAAAGCUACACGAAAGAGUGUGCUCGUUGUUAAUGAUAAUGUUAGUCUACGCAAUGGACCGGAAGACCAAUCAGUGAAAAGUUUAGUCUAUAUGGACUACGAUGACAAUGGAAAAAAAUUGAACGAGUUUUGGAUGUAUAAUCUUCAAAAUGUUGCAACAUUUUUCGAGGUUUUCUUAGAUACGAGAAUAUGUCACGGUAAAUGUGAGAAU